AUGGCAACAUCUAUUCGUGGUGGCAACUCGCACCUCUGCCGCUACAAUGCUGCAGUGGAGGAGUUUAGAGAAGCUGAAUAUCCCAUGAUUAAGGAAUCUAUAUAUCUCGAUCAUGCUGGCUCAACGUUAUGUUCCAAGUCCUUGAUGGACUCUUUUACCCGCGAGAUGACGACGGUUCUUUACGGAAACCCCCAUUCUGCGUCUUCCUCCUCUCAACAAUCAACUUCUCGUGUUGAGGAUGCUCGAAUGAACUUAUUGACUUUCUUCGGAGCGGAUCCAGCCGAGUAUGAUGUGGUGUUUGUUGCCAAUGCCACAGCUGGUGUCAAAUUGGUUGUUGAUGCUAUGAGAACUCAACCAGACGGCUUCCUAUUUGCAUAUCACCAAGCCUGCCAUACUAGCUUGGUCGGAGUGCGUGAGGAAUCUGUUGCUAGCACGUCCAUUGGCGACGACGAGGUCGAAUCUUGGUUAGAAGGACAAUGCCCAUUUCAGGACACAACUACGGCCUCACCGUCAGCAACUCUAUUUGCCUAUCCUGCCCAGUCGCAUAUGGAUGGUAGAAGGUAUCCUUUAACAUGGACAAGAGAUAUGCAAAAAGUCCCGCAAAGUCCUCAGCACCGAGUACUCACAUUACUUGAUGCGUCCUCGUUUGUUGCCACAUCCCGUCUUGAUCUUAGCGAUCCGAACGUGGCACCAGAUUUCACUGUUCUGAGUUUGUACAAGAUAUUUGGAUUUCCAGAUCUUGGCGCAUUGCUGGUGAAGCGUGCCUCAGAAUGGGUAUUUGAAAACCGAAGAUAUUUUGGUGGUGGUACUGUGGACAUGGUUGUUUCUGGAAAGGAGAAGUGGCAUGCACCGAAAUCACAAUUCCUCCACGAACGACUAGAGGACGGCACACUACCAUUUCACAACAUAGUGGCGCUUGAUAUAGCUAUGGACAUACAUCGACGACUAUUCGGUUCGAUGGAUCAGGUCAGCUCGCACACUUCUUACCUCGCCCAACGAAUGCUUGAGCAGUUGGGCAAUAUGCGCCACGCGAACGGUACACCGGUUUGCUCUAUCUAUACGCCAAUGGCCGACGAGACGAAUUGUCUCGGAGUCGGUCCGGUGAUCUCUUUCAACUUAAGGAACAGCCAAGGUGCCUGGAUCAGUCUAGCCGAGUUCGAGAAACUUGCAAAUCUGAAGAACAUUCACAUUCGGACAGGGGGUCUAUGCAGCCCAGGGGGCAUUGCCUCAGCUCUUGACUUGCAGCCAUGGGAGAUGAAGAAGAACUUCUCCGCAGGGUUCCGUUGCGGAGUGGAUAGUGAUGUUAUGUCCGGGAAACCAACUGGAGUCAUUCGAGCUAGUUUGGCUGCGAUGAGCACUGAAGCUGAUGUUAACGGGUUUGUUACAUUUAUUAAGGAGUUCUACCAGGAAAGGAAGAUAAUAACCGCCUAUCCUGAUCUAGUCCUCAGCCCGACCGUUAAAUCCCAACCACCAGCUCUAAGGGUCAAAUCUGUCACCGUCUACCCUGUCAAAAGCUGUGCUGGCUUUUCUAUCCUAACUGGAGUGCCUUGGGAGGUUCGACCAGAAGGUCUAGCCUGGGAUCGUGAAUGGUGCCUAGUUCAUCAUGGCUCAGGACACGCUCUGAGCCAGAAAAGAUGCCCCAAGAUGGCGCUGCUACGACCAGUGUUGGAUUUUGAGAAAGGUGAACUAGUUGUCACAUUUCACGGCAAACUCAACAAAGGUCAACAACACCAGGUAUCCAUACCAUUAUCAGCAGACCCUUCUGUCAUCGACUCCGACCUCGAGAGACAGGCAUCAAGGGUAUGUGGCGAGAAAGUGACCACACAGAUAUAUACGUCGGACACUAUUAACUCCUUCUUUUCUUCCGUACUUGGUGUUCCUUGUGUCUUGGCAAGGUUUCCUCCUGGUGGCCUAGGACUGAAAAGUCGCCUGUCAAAGGCGCAAAUCCAGCGAUACCAACAACCGACCAAGGUGCAUACGAUACCGGGUUCAUUCCCAGACGUACCAUCGCCUCCGGAUUCGGAUUCCGAGCAGCAGAAAUCUGCCAAGAUUCUGCUUUCAAACGAGAGUCCUAUCUUGAUGAUCCACAGCUCCAGUGUCGAUGCGUUAAAUGAAGAGAUUUCGAGCCGUGGUGGCAGACCAGUGGUUGAAAAGUCGUUCCGGGCCAAUAUUGUGAUGGAGCAAGCUGCUGGCUCUAAACCUCAGGUAGCCUUUUCCGAGGAUAGCUGGGACUCUAUGCACAUUGGCCAUCAAAAUUUCAAACUCAUGGGUGCCUGCCGCAGGUGUCAGAUGGUUUGUAUAGAUCAAGAGACAGGAGAGAAGAAGGAGGAGCCAUUCGUGACACUUGCAAAGACAAGACGAUUUGAUGGCAAGGUUUAUUUUGGGGUUCAUAUGCGCCAUGAUCCCUUGAUAGAAGAGGAUGUUGCGAGUAUAGAGUCGCAAUAUCCUACUAUCAAGGUUGGAGAUCCUGUGACGGCGACAGCCCGUGGGUAG